UUUACUGAGAGUUAUGGAAUCAUAUUUCCUGAAGUUUUACUUUAUAAAAUCCACCACCCUCUCCUGGAAGGAAACACAGCUUGGUUCAGGUUCUUAUUCCGCAUUGGGAAAUUGGCUCUCCAACCCUCCACCCCUUCUAGAUCUCCUCACAAAUUCCAAACCCAGCUGGGCUCGAUUCUUUCUUUAUUUUCAGUUCAGUGAUCGACCCUUUUGCUAUUCAUUCUUCCAAUUCAGUCUCAUAGUCUGUAAUUCCGCUCUCUUGCCUGCAAAGUACAAACCAUCGCUCAUACUCUAUGAAGGUUCCAAGGGAGAGAAGGUAUGCUUUACUGCUAGCUGCAAAUGACUCUGAUUAUGUGAAGAAAGUAUAUGGUGGGUACUUCAAUGUGUUUGUUGAUACGUAUGGGGAAGAAGGAGAUGAAUGGGACCUGUUUAGGGUGGUGAAUGGAGAAUUUCCCAAAAUGGAAGAGCUUCACAAGUACCAUGGCUUUGUGAUCAGCGGCAGCCCUCAUGAUGCUCAUGCAAAUGACCCUUGGAUCUUGAAGCUUUGCUUUCUGAUACAGACACUGGAUGCUAUGGAGAUGAAAGUGCUUGGAAUAUGUUUUGGGCACCAAGUCUUGUGUCGAGCACUUGGUGGAAAAACUGGGAGAGCCUACAGUGGUUGGGAUCUUGGUGUGAGGAAAGUGAAGAUCAUGGAGGAUUUACCCCCAAGAAGCUUCUUUAAUGAUCUAAAGGAAAUCCCACCUACUCUCUCCAUCAUUAAAUGUCAUCAAGAUGAGGUAUGGGAGGUCCCUGUUGGAGCUGAAGUCAUUGCCUUCUCAGAUAAAACAGGAGUAGAGAUGUUCAUCCAUGGUGACCACAUAUUGGGCAUUCAAGGUCAUCCUGAGUACACAAAAGAUAUUCUGUGUUAUCUCAUUAAUCGUCUUGUGGAUAACAACAUCAUCGAGAAACUGUAUGCUGAUGAUGUGAAAUCAACAUUGGAGAUCUUCGAACCAGACAGGAAGAUUUGGGAGAAAAUCUGCAGGAGCUUUCUUAAGAGGACAUAAUUUUAAUCCAAUUAAAUUUGUAACCAACUUAUUCCAAAGCAGUAGUUUCUCCUUGGUGGAGUCCAAAGUUGAAAAUGAUAUCUCCAACUCCAAUGAAUGAAUCAACUGCUUACCCAAAGAAAAGUAAGAAUAGAUCCCUUGGUUUAUCUAUCUUAUAAUGAUUUUUUUUCCAAAGACUUCGUUUGGAAACAAAGUACAUGGAGUGUAAAUCCUGGU